AUGGAGACGCAGGCCGUCGUGGAGAAGAAACCAACAAACCCGAUGCGGGAGAUCGUUGUGAAGAAGCUCUGCCUCAACAUCUGCGUUGGCGAGUCGGGCGACCGUCUCACCCGCGCCUCGAAGGUGCUGGAGCAGCUGUGCGAGCAGAGCCCGGUGCUCUCGCGCGCACGCCUGACGGUGCGCACGUUUGGCAUCCGCCGCAACGAGAAGAUCGCCGUCCACUGCACCGUCCGCGGCAAAAAGGCCGAGGAGCUCCUGGAGAAGGGCCUCAAGGUGAAGGAGUUUGAGUUGAAGAGCUACAACUUUUCGGACACUGGUUCGUUUGGAUUUGGCAUCAGCGAGCACAUCGACCUUGGCAUCAAGUACGACCCCUCCACCGGCAUCUACGGCAUGGACUUCUACGUCGUCCUCGGCCGCCGCGGCGAGCGCGUGGCACACCGCCGUCGCAAGGUGGGCCGUGUGGGGUACGGUCACCGCGUGAAGAAGGAGGAGGCGAUGAAGUGGUUCGAGAAGGCCUACGAUGGUAUCAUCUUCCAGGCCAAGAAGAAGAAGAAGACGAUGACCCGCCGUCGCCGUCGUUAA